AUGAAGGCGAUACUCCGAGUUGCGCAUAUCCUGCUGGUACUCUCACUCUCCUCCUUACUGAUUUAUAGCGUUUACUACGCGUUCGCUCUAUUGCGGCAAGAUCAGCAACAGCUUUCGAAGCUAUCGCAUCCCCAGGAGGUCAGCGACGAAGGCGGCGCCGAAGAGGUCAGCGACGACGAUGUACUGCGGAAACCGUCACCACAAGACAUAGCUCAUUCUAUGAACACAAUGUGGGAUUACCUAGACGACUGGGAUGAAGAUCAUUGCAUCAACGUCUGUGAGGCAUCGUGGAUCGCCUGCCAAUUGAGGAACUGCGGGCAUUUACCGUACGUCAGACAGCAAGAGCUUUGA